AGGGCGGAGGAGCAGAGACCACACACCGGAGAGGACAGAGCAUAGACACCGGAGAGGACAGACACCGGAGAACACAGAGCAUAGACACCGGAGAGGACAGACACCGGAGAGGACAGACACCGGAGAGGACAGAGCAUAGACACCGGAGAGGACAGAGCAUAGACACCGGAGAGGACAUCAGAAGUCCUGCUAAGGACAGACAGAGGAGUACAUACAGACAGACUCUGCCAUGAUGAAUCCCCUGUGGCCAUUGUCUUGCCUCGUUGGUGUGGAUCUUCUCACCAUCCACCUCCUUGAGUCCCUUCUAAACGUCUUCAUCCCUCUGGGUUUCCUGCUGAUCUGGGUAAUGAGCUUGUUCCGGUUGACAGUCCUGAUCCUGGGCGCUCACGUGAUCAGUCAAACAUUCAAGCUUCCAUCGUGGUUAGAGAAGGACACUCUUCUCAUCUUCUGUGCAGUCCUGAGCCUCCUGGUCCCAACGUGUGUGACCUUCACUGAUCUCCUGUUACCACAGACCAGCGCGGAGCUCCUGUACAGCUGGGGGAGGACGGACCUUUUCCUCAGCUCUUACCUUCUCACAAUGAUCUCUGGAGUCAUCCGAUACCAGCUCUUUCCAUCCAGUGAGGAUGACAAGGAUGAGUCUGGGAGUUCCUCGGGUUCCCUGUGGCGGUUAAUUAAACUUCUAAGAUCCUACGUGGGCAGGUUCAUGGUGGUCGCUGUGUUUCUGGUGAUGUCAUCAUGGGGUGAGAUGGCUUUGCCCUCCUACACGGGACGUAUGACAGACUGGAUCCAGAGCAAAGAAGACUCCUCCGUAUUCAGGAACGCCCUCAUUAUGAUGUCCAUCAUCACCUUGUCCAGUGCCCUGACAGAAUUUUUCUGUGAUUGCAUCUACAACGUCACCAUGAGCCUGGUCCACACCCAGACACAGGAACAAGUCCUGCGCUCCGUCCUGAGGCAGGAUGUAACCUUCUUUGAUACCGAAUCUACAGGUGACAUCAAAUCGCGCAUCACCUCUGACAUCACAGCAAUGAGCGAAUCCCUCAGCCACAAUCUGAGCCUCUUGAUGUGGUAUCUAAUGAGACUCAUCUUCUUGGUGAUAUACAUGUUCAGCUUGUCUCCAAAGCUUACAUUCUUCACAGGGUCGUGCCUGUUGAUCAUCACGAUUGUGCCCCAGCUCUCAGGAUCAUUUUACCAGAAUCUGGCCAGGAAGGUCCAGGAAUCCCUCUCACAAGUCAAUCAGGUGGCUCUGGAGACAUUCUCCAACAUGAAGACGGUACGCAGUUUUGCUAACGAGGAGGGCCAGUGUCUACGGCAUGAGGCAAGGCUCCACGAUACCUACCAGCUGCACAAGAUGGAGGCCCUGGCGUAUGCUUUCAAUGGAUUAGCCAACAGUCUUUCAGGUCUGGCUCUGAAGGUGGGCAUUCUGUAUUUUGGUGGACGGCUAGUGACAGGGGGAGAGGUCAGCGGAGGAGAACUGGUGUCUUUUGUGAUGUAUGAAAUGCAGUUUACAUCGGCUGUAGAGGUCUUGUUCAGGAUGUAUCCUGACGUCCGAAAAGCAGUUGGAUCUUCAGAAAAGGUCUUUAAGUACAUGGACAGGAACCCACAGAUGCCACCCCCAGGAAGUCUUCAGCCAGCAAACCUCCAGGGCUACGUCCAGUUCAGAAACGUCACCUUCUCUUAUCCUAGGCGAGCAGAUCAACCAGCUCUUCAGAAUGUCUCCUUUGAGCUACGUCCAGGUCAAGUGACGGCACUGGUGGGCCCUUGUGAUGCCGGCAAGUCCACGGUUGUCCAGUUGCUGCUCAGGUUUUAUAAACCACAGAAUGGGGAGAUCCUACUGGAUGGGAAAUCUUUGUUUGAAUACGACAAUAAGUACUACUGCAAAAAGGUAUCAGUUGUGAGUCAAGAACCAGUCGUUACUGCAAGGUCCUUGAAGGACAAUAUAUGUUAUGGGUUGGGGAAUCUCCCCUUGGCCUUGGUAAAGAAAGUGGCCGUAUCUGCUAGUGCCGAUGGCUUCAUCUCAGAAAAAGAGGAUGGGUACGAUACAGGAGCCGGAGAGAAAGGAGGACUUCUAUCUGGAGGGCAGAAGCAAAGAAUAGCCCUGGCCAGGGCUCUGCUCAGGGAACCCAAGCUCCUCAUCCUUGAUGAUGCCACCAGCUCUCUCGACACAGAAACUGAGCUUAAAAUUCAGAGCUCGGUGCUGAAUAACCCUGAGAAGUGCACCAUUCUUCUUAUAUCCCAUCGGAUGAACAUCUUGGAGAAGGCGGACCACAUCCUGGUGAUGGAGGGAGGUCAGAUCAAGGAGUCGGGGAAACAUCAACAGUUGUUGGACAACAAGGGCAGUUAUUGGAAACUGUGGGAGAAACAACACAGCGUUUUCCAGAAGGAUAACGGAGAGAAGGCCAAGCCAUUGUAAUCACAAGAACAAAGGAACAAAAGUCUUCAAAUCUUUCCUUUCCAGCUGUGGCCAAUCUGAAAACCAUUUGGUUUAAUGUGACAUGUGACACUGUAGACAUCAUUUCUUUUAUCUCUGAGUUACCAAGUUCUACUUUUUCAAUGCGUCCAAGCUUUCUAGAAAGCAAGAUACUGCACAAAUGUUCUUGAACGAUCUUGAAAAUUAAGAUCACAUGAUGUGGCCUCUGAUAAUUGGCCAUUAGUUUAAUGAAAUACUUGCAAGCACCAUUUAACCACUUAAGGACCGCCUCCUGCAGAUAUAUACGUUGGCAGGAUGGCACGGCUGGGCACAAGCACGU